AUGGGUUCAAGUGUAUCUCAACCAUCAGCUGAAUUAAGCGAAGAGGAUAUUGAUUUUAUUGCAAGUAGAGCUAAAAUUGAUCAAGAAAGUGUUAAAGUUUGGUAUGAGAAAUUAAAAGCUGCUUGUCCAAAUGGUAAAAUUUCCAAAUCAGAUACUGUUAGUUUCUUACGUAGUAUAAAUAGUGGUAAAGAAGAACAAAUUGAAAAAUUAGCAGCAGAUAUUCAUAGUGCAUUUGAUGCCAAUAAUGAUGGAAUUGUUGAUCAACGUGAAUUUUUAAUUGGUUUUGCUUUAACUUCUACUGGUAGUCCACGCGAGAAACUUAAAUAUGUUUUUCGAACAUAUGAUCAUGAUAAAGAUGGUAUAAUUAAUAAAAAAGAAAUUGAUCGAAUGGUUAAAAUUGUAAUGAGACUUCAUGCAAAAGAUGAUCCAGAGAAUACAGCACGUGUUAUUGAACAAUUAAGAAUAUCACUUGAUCAAUUUAAUGAAGGUAAAGAUCCUGAUCUUAUUAAAUUAACGUCGAAAGAUUUUAUUAAAUUAUUAAUGGAACAUAAAGAUUUUUAUGAAUUAUUAUCACCAUUUAAUAUUGAACAACCACAUUCUCACUCAAAAUAA